ACCAUGAAGACUGAGAAAAACCAAUAUUAAACUAAAGAAUGCAUUGCAUGUGGUCUCUUUUGAGAUCAGAGACUCGCUUUUUUAUUAACCCUAAAACAAGACUGCCCAUACACUUUGGCACUUUUUCUCAUCAGUCCUGCAAUAAAAAGAUCGCUCACAGCUUUACUUCUAAAUAUUCUCACCCCUCCUCUCCUUUCCAAUUCCCUGCCUUUGCUUUUUGUCCUCCCCCUCCUCUUUCUUGAAACUUUGCCCCUUUUGCUGUUAUCAACUAAGCUAGCUCUUGUUGACUGAGAGACACAAAAAGAAGAUGGGGGAAGAGGCCAAACAGGAAGAGGUUAAGGCAGAGGCCAAGCCAGAGGAGAAGAAGGAAGAGCGACCGCAGCCACCCUCUCCGGUCAUCUUGUAUGUUGACCUGCAUUGUGUUGGGUGUUCCAAGAAAAUAGAGAAGUGCAUCAUGAAAAUAAGAGGCGUGGAAGGAGUGGUGAUCGAUAUGGCUCAAAACCAAGUGACAUUGAAAGGCAUAGUCGAUCCUCAAGCGGUUUGCAACAUGAUCAUGAAGAGAACCAAGCGGAGAGUCAAAGUUAUAUCUCCUUUAUUACCUGCGGCCGAAGGUGAAGCAGCAGCUCCACAAGUUGUCAGUUCACAGGUUAGUGGACCGACGACUGUGGAGCUGAAUGUGAACAUGCAUUGCGAGGCCUGUGCCGAGCAACUUAAAAGAAAGAUCCUGAAAAUGAGAGGAGUUCAAACAGCUGUGACGGAACUUAGUGCUGGGAAGGUCACGGUGACGGGAACCAUGGAUGCCGAAAAGCUCGUUGACUAUGUCUACAGAAGGACCAGAAAGCACGCCCAAAUAGUUCCUCAACCCGAACCCGAGCCCGAACAGAAAGAGGAGAAGAAGGAAGCUGAGAAGCCGGCAGAGGAACUGAAACCGGAGGAAAAGAAAGAAGAGAAUGGUGAGCAGAAAAGUGAGGAUAAGCCAGAAGUAAAGAAAAAAAAAGAAGAAGAAAAUAAGAGUGAAGAGAAAGGUAAGGAAGAGGAGGACAAGAAGGAAGGAGAAGAAGAAGCAAUGGUGAAUCAUAUCACUGUGGAUGAAGAGGGUAUGAAGAGAAUGAUGUAUUACUAUCAGCCGCUCUAUGUCAUUGAGAGACUCCCACCUCCUCAGCUUUUCAGUGAUGAGAACCCCAAUGCUUGUUGUAUCUCCUAGUCUUUGUCAAUGUCAAAAAAAGGGUUUCAACAUCAAUAAAGUAAUUAAUCAUCGUCUGUA